GUCGACACUUGUCCCUCACCCAUCAAAUCUACUCACGGAGCGUAUUCAUUCAACGCCGUUCUGACCAAGUCAAUGAGGCUUGACGAAGCGCAAACAUGAAUCCUAGUGAGCCCCACGAUGAUGUUGCUCCCAUUGAGAAGCAGAUUUUACAGCCCCCUGCCCCAAAGACAGCUCCAGUAGCUGGUGAUAACGGCAAGGAAGAAACAAAUGCCGGACCCUCGAGUCAAUCGCAAGCGGAUCCGUUCUCAACACCGUAUGGAUCGUCUCCACGAGACUCCGUCAAUGGCUCGACGUCAGAUUCACAAACUGGCUCGGCUUCUGGGUCUCAUUCCAGGAAUCAACCUGCCUCCGCGUCCUCGAGCGGUCUAUACCUUCCCAACGGCGAGAAAUACUUCAGGAGUCGACGCAUCAAGAAGGGCGAGAUCGAAAGACCGUGGCUCGAGAAGAGGGACCCUAAAGAGAAAUGGGUCACGAUCAUUCCGAUCAUUGGUAUACUGGUCGGCCUUGGUGUCGCAGGCGUAUUGAUUUGGGAGGGCCUCCGAGCAGUCUCUCAGCACAAAUAUUGUCAGGUCUUGGAUGAGGACUUCUCGCGAGGUUUAAAUAACAAAAUAUGGACCAAAGAGGUUGAAGUCGGAGGAUACGGUAAUGGUCAAUUCGAGAUGACGACGAAUUCGAAUGAGAACGUGUUCAUUGAGAAUGGAAGGCUCGUAAUCAAACCUACCAUCCAAGAUCGGCGCCUCAUCGAAAAAGACACCGUUGUCGACUUGCGAGGACACGGAUGCACCGGCCCCAGGUGGACUGACUGCGUCACAGGCACGAACACUACCAACGGAACGAUCGUAAACCCAGUCAAGUCGGGUCGAAUCAACACCAAGCUCGGUGCGUCAAUCAAAUUUGGUCGCAUUGAAGUUGUAGCAAAGUUGCCUGAGGGAGACUGGCUAUGGCCCGCCAUCUGGAUGCUUCCUAAGAAAGGCGUCUACGGCGAGUGGCCCCGGUCCGGGGAGAUUGAUAUCAUGGAGUCGAGAGGCAACAAUUACACCUUCGGGCAAGGUGGAAACAACAUCGUCAGCAGUGCAUUGCACUUUGGUCCAAACUCAGAUAAUGACGGUUGGUGGCGCAACAACGUCAAGCACAAAGUCUUACACACUACUUAUUCCGAUGACUUCUAUACAUUUGGAGUCGAGUGGAGCGAAAAGUACAUCUUUACCUACAUUGGCACCAGGCUGAUGCAGGUGAUGUACACGCAUUUCGACGAACCGUUCUGGGACUACGGAAGAUUCCCCAUCUCCGAUGCCAAUGGCACCAGGUUCCAGAAUCCGUGGGCUUACAAGAACAGCAACACCGCCCCCUUCGACGAGGAUUUCUACCUGAUCCUCAAUGUGGCGGUAGGCGGCACCAAUGGCUGGUUCAAAGACGGGAAAUCGGGGAAGCCUUGGGUCGAUACGAGUCCGACGGCCAGAAGAGACUUCUGGCAGACCCGCGACCAGUGGUAUCCUACGUGGAGGGAAAGGGGGCGCAUGGAGGUCAAAAGCGUUAAGAUGUGGCAACAGGCUGGUUACAAUGGCUGUUUCUGAUUCGUAUUUGUGGCUGGUGAGGCGUUCAUGUUGAAGGUAUUCCGUGUGAUACUUUUCAAAUGAGUAUGCCAUCUAAUGGAGAACAGCUGGCGCAUCGGAGGUCUGAAGCUAUUCUAUUCCUAUGUUUAGAUCGGAUGUUGAUUAUGAUAUUCCUUGCUUAGGAAGCAAACCUUACUCUACUAGACUUCAACAAACCAUUCACAUAAGAUGGAGAAAUGCUCCUCUAGUCAAGGGCUCGAUAAUUGAAUGAGAC